AUGGCGUCUGAACGAUACAGUUUUUCUCUUACAACUUUUAGCCCUUCAGGAAAGUUGGUGCAAAUCGAAUAUGCGUUAGCAGCUGUUGCCGCUGGCGGAACCUCCGUCGGAAUUAAAGCAUCAAAUGGAGUUGUAAUCGCAACAGAAAAUAAACAUAAGAGCAUUUUAUAUGAUGAACAUAGUGUUAACAAAGUUGAGAUGAUUACUGGCCAUAUUGGCAUGGUUUACUCGGGUAUGGGUCCAGACUACCGCCUCCUUGUUACACAGGCUCGUAAGAUGGCUCAGCAGUAUUAUCUCAUGUACCAUGAGCCAAUACCCACAGCUCAACUAGUACAGCGGUUGGCUACUGUAAUGCAGGAGUAUACACAGUCCGGAGGUGUACGUCCCUUUGGAGUGUCUCUCCUAAUUUGUGGUUGGGAUGGUGACCGGCCAUACCUUUUCCAAUGUGACCCAUCUGGGGCCUAUUUUGCAUGGAAGGCAACUGCAAUGGGCAAAAACUUCAACAAUGGAAAGACUUUCUUAGAGAAAAGAUAUACAGAGGAUUUAGAAUUAGAUGAUGCGGUUCACACAGCAAUAUUAACUCUAAAAGAAGGUUUUGAAGGUCAAAUGACGGCAGACAACAUUGAAAUUGGUAUAUGUGAUCCAGCCGGUUUUCGCAGACUGGACCCAGCACAUGUUAAAGAUUACCUUGCCAAUAUCCCAUAA